GUUCAAUCAUUAAAUUUUAGAGAUAUAUUUUAUAUAUGCAUAUGCAGUGUGUUUUGAAUGUGUAAAGCUACUUAAGUGUUGAAAUAUUUUGUGCUUACGUUUUAUUUACUGUACAAAGUAUAUAGAAUUACUGUUUUCCUUAUUUUGUCAGUGUGAACCAGUCAUUAGAGGUGAUUGUGCAAAAAUAUUUCAGUAGUAAUCAAGUCAGAGGAUUAUAUGACUUUUAUCUGCCUAGAGAAGAACUAUGGAUCUACAACAUGGAGACUGGAAGAUGGAAGAAAAUUAACACUGAAGGUGAUGUUCCUCCUUCUAUGUCAGGGAGCUGUGCUGUGUGUAUAGACAGAGUGCUAUACUUGUUUGGAGGACACCAUUCAAGAGGCAAUACAAAUAAGUUCUACAUGCUGGAUUCAAGAUCUACAGACAGAGUGUUACAAUGGGAAAGAAUUGAUUGCCAAGGAAUUCCUCCAUCAUCAAAGGACAAACUUGGUGUCUGGGUAUAUAAAAACAAGUUAAUAUUUUUUGGAGGGUAUGGAUAUUUACCUGAAGAUAAAGUACUGGGAACUUUUGAAUUUGACGAAACAUCUUUUUGGAAUUCAAGUCAUCCAAGAGGAUGGAAUGAUCAUGUACAUAUUUUAGAUACUGAAACAUUUACCUGGAGCCAGCCUAUAACUACGGGUAAAGUACCUUCACCUCGUGCUGCUCACGCCUGUGCAACUGUUGGAAACAAAGGCUUUGUGUUUGGAGGCAGAUAUCGAGAUGCUAGAAUGAAUGAUCUUCACUAUCUUAAUCUGGAUACAUGGGAGUGGAAUGAAUUAAUUCCACAAGGCAUAUGCCCAGUUGGCCGAUCUUGGCACUCGCUAACACCAGUUUCUUCGGAUCAUCUUUUUCUCUUUGGAGGAUUUACCACUGAUAAACAGCCACUAAGUGAUGCUUGGACUUACUGUAUUAGUAAAAAUGAAUGGAUACAGUUUAAUCAUCCCUAUACUGAAAAACCAAGGUUAUGGCAUACAGCUUGUGCCAGUGACGAAGGAGAAGUAAUUGUUUUUGGAGGAUGUGCCAACAACCUACUUGUCCAUCACAGAGCUGCACACAGUAAUGAAAUACUUAUAUUUUCAGUUCAACCAAAAUCUCUUGUAAGGCUAAGCUUAGAAGCAGUUAUUUGCUUUAAAGAAAUGUUAGCCAGCUCAUGGAACUGCCUUCCAAAACACUUACUUCACAGUGUUAAUCAGAGGUUUGGUAGUAACAACACUUCUGGAUCUUAAAGCCUCACAGAUAAUGCCUCUGAUCACCUUGCAUGGACAGCAAUUCUGUAAACGUCACAGGGUGGCAUCAUUUGUAUAAUUAUAUGCAUUGUUGUAGUUCACAGCUUUUUUAUUUUAAUGUGCAUGUGUAUGGCCUAGAGAACCUAUUUUUGUGUCUGAGAUGUUUGCAAUAAAUGUAUUUAACACCAGUAACUGUCCUCUAUUAAAGCAAAAGAAAUUUAACACUGGGGCUUCUUACCCCAAGGAAUGGUUAUUGUUUCCUUUUUGGUAACUUCAGGACAUCUACCUGUACAAACAUACUAAAUAUUCUUACCGCUAUCAAAGUAGUGUAGUUAUUUUUAAAAAGUAUUUUCGAUUUUUUUCAUAUGUCAAGAGUAGGCUAUACUUAUUGUAAAUACAACAUAAUAAAGUUUUGUUUUUUUUUAAACAUUAAUAUUUCAAAUGGAAAAAUAUUCUCCAUAGACUAAGCUGGUAAAAGAAAUUGUGGAGUGACCACAAGCUAUUUAGUACUUAGACCUUAAUGCCUUGGUGGAGGGGCUAAGGCAAGUAGUCAUAUUGACUAUCAGCAGCUGCUGUCCAAUCAAUUAAAAGGUAACAGAGUUUUGUAGCUCAUAAAAGAAUAGAAAUAACGUAUUAUGAAACUUUGUUCUCUGUGAGUUAGUUCAGUUAGGAGACAAAAGAAGAAAGCUGGGUCAAGAGUCUUCAGCCAUAGCCUAAAGCAGAAUUCUGAUAUUACAAGUUUAAGGUAACUCUUAACGUGCCUAUUGAUAAUUACUAGAGAUGGAAAAUGGUACAAAACAGAAUAAAACUAUAGGGAAGAAGUUAAGAUAAAAAGUGUAGAUGUAUAUAAAUGCAUGGAAAUCAACACAGAUUUCUUCUAGGUGCUAUUUCCUAAGCUGACUCAUGGGAGUUAUUAGUAUUUUGUAUUUUAAAUCUGGUCUAACAUUUUUUGACAAGUGCAGGUGGAAGGCAGAAGGAAAUCUACUCCUUCAAUACUUAGGGUUUUCAAGACAUAAUCC